UGCUUAGCUGUGCCAUCGCACUCCUUUUCUCCCUCUCUAGUGCCGCUGCAGCAAUCACAAAUGCACAGCGACUAGCUCGUGGCCUGCCGCCUUUGCCUCCCAAGUUUGGUCGCGCUCUGCCAGGCUAUGCAAAGACGCCGACAGAAGCUGGAGGGAACCCAGUCCCAUCAUCCGCUCCUUAUAAGACAUUCACUGGUCGGAUCCUGGUCAAGGGUCACAAUGGCAAACGGUUGGGACACUUGUAUAACCGGGCAUCAGGAAUAAAUGGUGUAAACUUUGGUGCCUCAAGUGAGGACCUGCACGUGUCGUUCACCACGUCUCGAUCUCAAAAUGGGCUCAUUGACUUACAAAUCGUUGACUCCACACUUCCUGGGCCUGAUUAUAUCGGGACAACGAGCAAUGGCGCCCUCACCAGUGGCUCCUCAAAAGCUGUCAGCUUUGGCAAAGUCACUAAAACACCUGCGCAUUCGCAUCAUUCGCAUGAAUCGGCUAUUUGGACAUACGAUUCCAGGACUCAUCAACUGAAGGUGCACUACGUGAAUCCCAACGGUCAUGAGGCAAAGACGACUAUCGCUUAUCAGAAUAAUGACAACAAAAUAUUCUUUGUCAGUGAUAUCGGUGCCUAUAAUGCUGCUCAAACCAAUCCCGAUCACCACGUCUCACCUAUUACGUUUUACCUUGAUUGACGGUUGACAGUAUAAUGUCGGACAAGCGAUCCAAGCAAACUCACCCUCUUUUGACAUUCCCUUCGUUUUCUUCGUCACUCUUUUAAAUAAUUUAAGUUCAAAUCGUGGGUUCACCAGAACUCUCGUGCGGACUUUGAAACUCGUGUUGGUCUUUACACUUUCUUACAUACCGCUUAUUACCAGCUCGUACUAACUUGAACUUUGAGCUACAUAUGCUCUAUACAUAUCUGGAAUAAAUACCUAGACUUAUCCUUUGAACUACUACACAGAAUAUUUAUGUUCAACAUCGCACUUUCAGAGGAAUAGGAUAGUAAUAAAUUACAACGAGGGGGUAAGGAGUUACAGACGCUAUUUAUUCUGGGAAUGCGAGCGACCGUAC